GGUUUAAGUUUCUGUGUGUAGGCCUAUAGUUUUUUCCUGAACUAACUUUCCUCAGCGAUCAUGGCACGACAGGCUGCUGUCCCUAUAGACCUGGUGGUGAAGUUCGGUGGCAGCGCUAUUACAGACAAAUGUCAGAUGGAGACUCUUAAAGAGGACAAUUUGGCAUCGGCAGCUGACGUGAUCAGAAAAUGUGUUGAACGUGGAGUUAGAUGUGUAGUUAUUCACGGAGCUGGAUCGUUUGGUCAUCACCAUGCUAAAGAAUAUCAAGUCAAUGCUGGUUUGAGGGGGACAAUAGAGGAGGUGAAGAGAAGACGACAUGGCGUGUGUCUGACCCGAUUGUCUGUUACCAAGUUAAACCAUAUGGUGGUUCGGAGUCUUGUGGACAAGGGCAUCAAUGCUAUUGGAUUACCAGCGGCAGGUUCCUGGUUAAUGGACAAUGGUCAGGUUUCCCGCCAUGGAGUGACCAGUAUAGUGGAGCUACUAGACAGCUGCUUCGUACCAGUCUUGCAUGGGGACUGUGUAUUGGACUCCAGUAAGGGCUGUAUCAUCCUCAGUGGUGACGUCAUCAUCAAGACAAUUUGUAAAGAACAAAAGGUGAAUCGUGUGGUAUUCCUAUCAGACGUGUUCGGAGUGUAUGAUAAACCUCCUUCACAGACAGACGCAGAACACAUUUCAAAAAUCUGUGUGAGCCAGGACAGAAGGAUAAUGACGGACAUUUCUACGUCAGAGAGCCAGUAUGACGUCACGGGCGGAAUGAUGUUAAAGAUACAGACAGCCAUGGACAUAGUGAUAAAUAGUGGCGGGACAACAAAGGUGUACAUCACCAAAGUGGGGUCAAACUGUGUCAACCAAAUCUGUGAAGGAUUAGAUACGGGACAAGACGACACCAAAUCAUUUACCCAAAUCAUUCAUCAUCAGUGACAUUGAGGAAGAAUCAUAACAGGGCCCCGGUGUUAGUAUAAUGGGACCAGGGCCCCGGUGUCAGUAUAAUGGGACCAGGGCCCCUGUGUCAGUAUAAUGUGACCAGGGCCCCUGUGUCAGUAUAA